AGAGCUUGCGCCUAGCCAGGUCGACUGGCUCGAGCUUGCGAGCCUUCUAGCAGCAGCCAGUCGCCGGCUGCCGGGCCACGGUCGAGCAUCUCUUCUCGACUCUACACGAGCUUAAAGAAAGACUGCGUGCGACGACGACGACGUCGACGACGACCUCGUAACCCUUUUUCUACGACCUUACGACCACGGAAGUUCCUCGAAGAAAAACGAACAAUAUCGAUCGAGAAACGCGGCUUCCACCUUCUUUAUCCUUACUUUUCCCACGUACGAAUGAUAUUCGCUCGAUUUUUAAAAUACAUCCCACGACGAUAGACGGAUAAUAAUCGUCCUGUUUUUAGGGUCGAAAAUAUUUCCCCACCUAAAUCAAGUGAAAUCACGCGAAGAGUCAACGUGGCCGCGUAAUCGUUUUCUCGCGUGCUAACUAAUCUCUAAGGAAAACGCAGAAGGAGGGAAAAUAUCGCGGUGUGCGUUUACGAUAUAGUGAUAGAGCUCGUUUGCUCCUGCUGCUUUUCGGAUCUUUUCUCUCUCUCUCCCUCUUCCUCUCUUUCUAUCUCCCGCUCGCUCGGUUUCUUUUAUCUAUCUCUCUCGAAAAAAAAGAAAAGAAAGAAAGAAAAAAAAAAAAAACAAGAAAAGGACCACAUCAAAGAAUCAUGGCGAAUGGCUAACAAGCACGAGUAUCAAGCCCUUUUCUGGACCGAACGUGUUUUUCACCAACGGUGGGACCAUGUGAGGCUUUGACCAUGACGAGUGGCGGACAAAGUGGUGUCUGGAUCGCGAGCGUGAUUAUACUGUCGAUUGGCAGCUGGGUCGGUAGAGUCGGACCGCAACCGGCGGAUAGCGAUCUCGCGUCGUCCCUGACAACGCCGCGAGAGAGACUCGAAGUAGUACGGCAAAUUCUAACGGAGGUACCGCUGAUCGACGGACACAAUGACCUACCUUGGAAUAUCAGAAACUUUGUCCACAACCAGUUGGCCGAUUUCGACUUCGACAAGGAUCUCCGACAAGUCGCACCGUGGAGCAAAAGCGCUUGGAGUCAGACGGACUUGGUCAGAUUGCGACAAGGCAUGGUCGGUGGUCAGUUUUGGGCCGCUUAUGUGCCGUGCGAGUCUCAACAUCUCAACGCCGUGCAGCUGACUCUGGAACAGGUCGAUCUAAUAAAACGACUGAUAGAAAAGUAUUCUCAACAGAUGCAGUUUGCCGCCUCGUCCAAGGAGAUCUUAGAGGCUCACAAAAGAGGCAGAAUUGCUUCGCUCAUCGGCGUGGAAGGAGGACAUAGUCUAGGAAGUAGUCUAGCCGUUUUAAGGACGCUCUAUCACCUGGGCGUAAGAUAUUUGACGCUGACGCACAGGUGUAACACACCCUGGGCUAAAAGCUCGUCCGCGGAGGAGGACGACGAGGACGGAGGAGGUCUAACGGCGUUCGGCAAGACUGUGGUGCGAGAGAUGAAUAGACUAGGCAUGCUGAUAGACCUCAGCCAUACGGCCAGAGCAACAAUGAGGGAUGCCCUGAAAGCGACCAAAGCACCUCUGAUCUUUUCACAUUCCUCGGCCUUCGCCAUUUGUAAUUCCUCGAGAAACGUGCCCGAUGACAUUUUAAAACAGCUGGCUGCCAACGACGGAUUGGUGAUGGUGACCUUUUAUAAUUAUUUCGUCAAGUGUGGUUCUCAGGCGACUAUCUCGGACGUGGCAGAGCAUAUUUAUUACAUUAGAAAUCUUAUCGGCGUCGAUCACAUCGGAGUAGGUGGAGACUUUGACGGUAUCAACAAAACUCCGAGAGGUCUCGAGGACGUUUCCAAAUAUCCCGAAUUGUUUGCGGAACUACUUCGUAGCGGCAAAUGGAACGUACACGAUCUGAAGAAGGUGGCCGGUUUAAAUUUAUUGAGAGUCUUCAGAAAGGUGGAACGCGUGAGGGACGAUAUGAGAACGGACGGUGUUACGCCGUCCGAAGAAUAUCUUCAGAAUUCUCCAGAUGUCACCGGGAAUUGCGCCUUGGACACUAAUACCGUGCAAAGAGGCGUAGAAGUCUAAUCGUCCUCCUGGCAAUCUCUCAUUCGUUACUCUUGGUCAUUUUCACGAUGACGACGAGGAACAGCGGUAAAGGGCCGAUCGAGGUCAACGAGGGCGAAUCAAAGAAAAAGAGACAGCAUGCAGCUUCCUUUCUAUGACCUGCUCACUUUCAAAGCCUCUACUUUCUUGAUCCGAGCCACGGAAAAAAUGGCUCGCGAAGAAUCCCAUCGUGUCGUAAACCUACCUCGGAACUCGUUCUUGCGGAAGUGAUGAGCAACGAGUCAAAAGAGAGAAAAAAAUAUAUAUAUAUCGAGAUUGGUUAUACAAUUUUACAUAUAUUUUUUUUCUCUGUAUUCUCUAUAUUCUAUUUUUGCAUUGAUUUUUACAUUUUCAGACAGAUCUUCCUUUUUUUUCGAAUUCUUUUUCAUUGUUUCUAUUACACGUGCACGCGCACACACACCGCCAUAUUUAUCUUCUAUACGAUACAGACAAUGACCGUCAUAAUUGAUCGAUCGAUAGAGAUUUUGCAUCGUUGCUAUUACUUUCGUCGUUUCUACUCUAUAAAUAAAGAUAAAGCGAUUGCUAUUGCUAUGGAUUAUCAAUCGCGCAUACACGUAAAAAAAAAAAGUAAUCUUGUACUGUCAAAAGAGCUCUUAGUUGAUGGAUACUUGUCUCUAUAAAAUCAGCACAUCCAUGUAAGAAACGAAUCUGAUAAUUGAAAAGGAGAACAAGACUCGCGAAGGAAAGAGAAGAUAUACAAAAGUGUCGUUUCAAAAUUAUACUACUUAAGUCUUUCGAGGAAAAUUUCAGAGUUAUGUGUAAACCUGACUGUACAUUUUCCAACAAAAUUUCUUCCUUCAUUGCACUAAACGUAAAAAGCACGUGCACAUUCAGGUCAGAUCUUUCGUCAAAAUUCUAACGUGGAAAAUUGGAAAUAAUAUUACAGGAUUCGAGAAAACAAAGGAAUUCAAGAUUUAAAGAGUAUAUAAUAGCAUUCAUUAAAGUCAAUUCAAAACAUGCUUUCCUCCGAGAUUAAUUUUUUAUCCAACUUGGCUAAAGCAUUUUUUACUAAAGUUAAUGAGAACUAUAUAUUCUUUAAAGCUUGAAACCUUUUUUGUGAUGUAGAUAUAAUAGCUCUCUGCCUCGUGGAUUCUUCUAAUGAAACAAAAUUGAAAUGAGGCCAUACCUUUCAUCUCGCUACGUUAAAACAAAAGGAAAAACGCAUAAAAAAUGCGCACGUGUUUCCUAAAGCACCGGACAUAAGACUACUUUCCUUGUAAUCUUGAACUUCCAUCCUAUACCUAUCUGUGUCUCGUGUGCACUUAUAUUAUAAUCCGUGCAAGAAAAGUAGUUUCCAAAGCACAUGUGAAACAACGAGAAUGAGAGAGGGGGAGAGAGAGAGAGAGAGAGAAAGAGAAAACGAAAAAGAGUAAAGGUCUAGACGCACUAGCGCGAAGCGCACGACGUGAAAAGCAUCGUAAAAGAAUUUAUCUUCGAUUACGCAACUAUUUUUGUAUUCAUGCAAAAGUUGAAAAAAAAAUGCUAAAGUUUGACGCAUCGAUGAAAAAUAAAUUUUACAGUCUAUAUCAACUUACAUUCAUAAACAAGCGUUAAGGUAAUCUAUUUGAAAUAAAAGCAAUUUGGUGAAAAAGGUAUUUCAUAGCUGAUGGAUUAAAAAAGAGAAAAAAGACAGAGACGACUUUAGUGCAAUAAAAAUAAAACUUAAACAUAGAAUCGUAAUCGAUGCUGCAGCAUCGUUCUUAUUGCUUCGUUUCGCUUCUCUCUUCUUCGCGCCAAUGCGUUUUUAGACCUUGUCGACCAAACUGAAUCGAAGAAAUAGGUGCACGGAUUAUAUCUAUUUCCCGUGUGUAUGUAAUAUGGGAUGAAUCAAACGAAGAUAACAAAGUAAAAGAAGAAAAGCAAAAAAAAACAAACAAAAAUAUCAAAUAUUCCGUCGUGUCUUUGCAACGGAUUCUACGAAUAAAUGUUUCUAUUGUAAACCUA